GCGAACGAAGCCGCUUUUUUGACGUUGUGAGUGAUACCCAAACAUGCGAUCACAUGUUAUAUUUGGCACUAAAGGCAAUACUGUCGGUUGUUAAUAAACAAUAGAGAAUCGCGGGGGAAACCAAAUGCAACUUGUAGUAAACUUUCUCGCAAGGAAAGAAGAAGGGAAACAGAAACUUUAAAAGAAUAUACACCUUUCCGUCGGAAUUCCAGGUGCGUCAGCUCCACCCCCUCUCCCCACUCUUCACUUUGAUUGGUCAUGACCCUGUCCCAGCAUACCUCUAGUGCUCCGAUCCUACUGCUCAUCUUGUACAGUGUCAUUCAACGCCUCACUGUCGGCAUCCCCGUGGUUGGGGACAAGAACAGCAAUGCAGCAGGUCCCUCAGAUGCAACCCUGUCAUGGCCAGCACAAGCAGAGGCAGGGGAUUGGUGGAAAAAGGGGGUAAACCUUGGCCAGGUACCCCAGGAGAAGGUUUUCGAAAAUGUGGACCCAAGGACCAUUGCUGUCGCUCUUCUUGAGUCCCUCAUCAAGCCAGGAGAGCAGAUGGGGAAUGGGAAAAUUGGAGGAGAGAAGACCACACUAGGAGGAUUAUGGAACACUGGUGACCAUGCUUUAUCAGGCCCAGCUACUGAUGCCUCUUAUCAAGGGUAUAAGCAACCUGAGGGGGAGGGACAGGUGGUAGAGAACAGGGCAGUGGCAGAAGGAACAGAACUGCAGAAGGAGCAAGAGCUAGGACCAACCAGUGGUCAAAUUGAGGACGGUCAGGAAGAGGCAGUGGGUGAGCAGAAGCUGGACAAUGGAUUGCAGCAAGAUAUGGAGGAAAAGGGGAUGGUGAGAAGCCUGCAAACCUUUCUAGAAAAGCUACAGAGACAUGCCAGAGAUGACAAGGAGGCAGGAGAUGUUUCACUCAAUCGAGAAGUUCGGGGUUACUUUCCAAAUAUAGAUCUGGGCCUACAGGACAAUGAGAUACUUCCCCCAUUAAAGGGCUACAAGCUGUACAACCAGCAGCUGGCCCAGGCAGGGAAAAAGCUGAAGUGGCAGGAGGAGAAAACCAGGAAGACCCAACCAGUGUUUAGUGACACAAAUUUCAUGCGUGACUUUGAGGAGGGAGAGGAUGAUGCAGAUGAUGAUGAAGAAGAGUUCCUGACACGUGAAGAAGAGGAAGCUAGGGCUCGUGCAGAGCAAGAAGAGGUUAGGAGACAGGCAGCUGAGGCCCAGAGGGCUCGUGCUGAAGAGGAGAGGCUGGCAGACAUUGCAUCAGACCAUGUGCUGCAGUACAUGGUGAAGAAACAGGCAGCAGGGUAUGCCAACAAGAGGAGGAAGGCUGCCCUGGCAAGCAAUGCUGUGGAAGACAAACGGUCAGAAGAGGAAGAAGAUGAUGAUGAUGAUAUUGACCCUCAAACUAUUGAUAAGCUGAUUGAGAUUUCCAGCAAGCUACAUCUGCCAGCUGAUGAUGUGGUUGACAUCAUCAGUGACGUGGAGGAGAAGAAGAAGAGAAAAGAUGCACCACAGAAUUUCCCUCGCUACCGUCCACUGGUUCCUCCACCAGUACCAGCAUCUCACUACUCUUCCCCUAUCAGGUCACACCCCCUCAUCAGACCAUAUGGAAAGUGGUUCAAGAGCAAAGCUAAGACUAAGUCAUGGAAGCCAGAUUUCUGGUCCAAGCCUCAGAAGCAAUUGUUGGCUUACCCUUCUUACCAAUUCUACCAGAAGCCUUACCGCGCCUAUUACCCCAUCUACUUCCAACCACCCAAGCCAAAACCUCGUUAUUAUGCCAAGUCAAGACUAUCCUUUGGUGAAUUGCUGGAGAACUCCAUGGAUCAGGACUUUGACAUCCCAAAACGCAGGUACCAACCCUGGAACCAGCUACGGUUCAGAAAACGCCCUGCCCACCCACAGAGCCCUUACAUCUCCAACUACAUUCUCCCCCAUCCUCGGACAUACCAAGCUCGUCCUAUUGCUAAGCCACGGUCAACAUCAUAUAUGCACCCUUCUCCUUACUAUUCUAUGGUUGGCCAGGAUGACAGCUACUAUGACCUGACAGGGGCACAGCAGGACAGUGAUGAGGAGCUGGAAAACUUUAUUGAGAAGGUAUACCUGAAACGCAGAUUGUUUCAGUAAAAAUGGAUCUAGGCAAAACUG